AUGUCGAGAGUUGGUCUCGUGCUCUCUCACACGUCUGUGGCUCUUUUUCCAACAAGAAACUUCAGUUCCAUUGCAUUACAUCCUAUUCACGACAAGAUGCAACUCCCAAAGCCGAUAUUUGUGCUCGCCCUUCUCUGUCAACUGGUUGCGAUAGUUGAAAGCCUGGAUACUGAAAUCGAAUAUAUGUGUGGUCGUUCAUACAUAGUUUUGAAGAAAGAAGAUAUACAAAUUUCCAUGGAGAGAAUCGCGAGAAAGAGCUAUAAAUAUUUGAAUAAGUGUUGUAAAAUAAAAUCUAUAAUGGAUUGUUCACUUGAAGGUGUAAUAGUGAAUAAGUACAAAGGUCCGGGCUUUACAGCCUCCAGCGGUAGUACUUUAUUAAAGACUCCUGUCAAGGUACACGAUUCUGUGACGGACAAAAUAGGUAUAACCUGGGUUGUUCUUAGCUGCAACACACUCACAUGCAAGUUCCAGGGUGUGGUACGUAAACCUUUCAUCAGGAUGAAAUAUAUGAAUUGCAACCAAACAUGGUACGCAAUAACUGAUCCAGGAGAACCUUCUCCUAACGAAGUUUUCGCUCCUUCUGUAAGUGUUGGAGGUCGCUGCAAAGAUAUAAAGCAUCAAACGACAAAUCGACCAAAAUAG